CAAAAGAAAGGGAUUCCCAAAAGAAACAGAAGACAAAAAACUUUAAUGUGUGAUGGAAGUGAAGCUGAGGCAGAAGAUACAUUUCUCUUUCCCUCACUGUGAGACUUCCUUUAAGAAGCAUUUUCAAGGUCUUGCAGAGAGCUGGAGAUUUCAUCUUCUGAAGAUUUCAAAGCUAAAGGGUCAUUUUGGCAAAGGAGGUGAAAAACUGAACUCAAUUUCAAGGCAUUAUGGGGAGUCCUUUCAUCCUAUUGUAGAUUCUAACAAAAACAUAUCAGAUGUUGAUUUUCUUUGCAAAGGCCAGCUUCCUAACAUUCCUGCGUUUGUCCCAGCAGACUGUCAGUUGAUCAAGAUAAGUGGGAAGUCUUCCUUUUAUCAGAAAGAAAGACCUCGGAGUUCAAUGGCUAUCUUGGAUGGCUUCUUAAAACAAAAGCCCUUCAUCUUGCUAUCUUCACACAGCUUGCCGCAUGCGCUUCCACUCUAUUAUCAGGCUAAAUCCACUGGUUAUUUUCUAGUUCUGGUUCCUCUUAUUGCAUUUUGCAUCACAUGCAUACUUGGUGCCUUUCACACUAGAGUUCCUAGCGAUAUGGGACGCCGAGCUGUGGAUAAAUCAAGGAAGAAAGGGCACAACAGUAUGCGAUGGAAAAAUGCCCUGAGUGACAUAAAGGAGCAAGAUAAUCUUGAUUCUGAGUCAAGUACAGAUCUCAAAAAUACUUCAGAAGAUCAAGACAAGAAUUUAAAUGAAGACAUGUCUCAUGCUUACAGGUUACUCGAACAAGAUUAUCAAAAAUUCCUGUCUGAAUGUGGAAUGAGUAAAUCGGGAUACUGGAGGGGAGACUUUCAUAAAUAAGAUGCUAUUUUCUGUUUGCUACCUAAGGAUUUUGACUUCACAUCUCCAGGUUGUCAGUGGAAUACACUUGUUGAGUACAUACUUUGUAUAGUGCUGUAAAAGCUGUUCUCUUUAAUCUAUUUUCUUCAUUUUUUCCCUUCAUAUGUAUGAGGGGCUGGUCUGUGACUUGAAAGUGUGAUAAGUUAAGGUAAUUGUAAUGAUUUUUAGGUUUUUAGUUCAGAGUGAGUUAUGUGCAGUUUGUAUCUCUAGCAAGCCAUAACAAGAACAAGUAUGGUUCAGUUCAAGAACACCAAACCAUUAAUAGAGAAUUAUGUAUUCUUUUUGUGUGAAAAUGUAGAUUUGAGCAAACCAGGUUGUUUAAAGACUGUUUGCUUAAACUGUAAAGUCUGUACAUGAAAGUUAUGCAUUUGCUUCGUACUAA